AUGGCGUGUGUAUCCUCUCGAGAGCCAGUAUCAGCCACAGUGGGGAAGCGGAUGGUUUUCACAGGCCCAGAUUACGUAAAGGAUCAUCUCCCUCAAGUUGCUCAGCACACUUCCUAUGUAGGAGAAAAGCGUCCUGCCUUAGAAAAAACUGGAGAUCUCGGAUAUUUAUGGAGACCUGCCUCCAUCGGAAGCGUACCAGCCAAAUAUAAAUCCGCGUAUGUAGGUGAAAUUGGUUGGGGAACACCAGUGUACGAUUUCAUCAACAAAACGAGGCUGCAGACUGGCUUUCAUAUCAAGUAUGAAGAGCUCAGUCAAGCUGCUAUUGAGAAACUAAGCCACAGAUACCAGAACCCAUGGCAACCGAAUCCGGCUAUUAUGAAUGCAGAAGGAAGCUUCAGUCGUGGUUUUAUCGCCUGGCAUAUGGGUGAUUAUGAGGACACCAAUCAAAGAAAUUCCAAACGGGCCGUUGUCCUUCGGCAGAGCAAGGCAGCUUUGCCAAUUGUUUCCAGACCACCCAAGCUGCCGAAGCUACCAAAAAAGGAGGAGGUAUGA